GGGUUUUAGAUUUCGAAGAAAAGAUUUGAUUUCCUCAUACAAUCCAUCCAUAGCUGUUGCUAGUAUUCUAGGAGUUCGGAACCUAUUUGAGCCAUAAAGAGAUAAAAGUGACACAAAUAAGCCAUAUUUUUGACUGUAUAAGAUUGGACAAAGUAAAUGGAACUUCGAUAUGUGUGUCUUUGAUUUCUCUGUUUUUUGUUGAAUAUUGGAUCCUAAAAUGGAUCCCAUUUACUCAUUUAGUUAGUCGGCUAGUGACUAAUAUGUUUGGAAGCUAAAACAACCCAGCACGAAGCUUUUUGAAAGCUUCAGUAAUCCUUUUAAGCAGUUAAAAAUGGAUGUAUCAUAUGUUUUGUAUUGUGAGAACAAUCAGUUGGAAGAGGGGAGUCGAACAGAGAACCUGCAAGCGCAAAGAUGCAGAGCACGGCUAGAUCAUCUAGAAUCUGCUGAUCCAGAAAAUUUAUCAGACUGGUAUAACACCCGUUUGAAGCGGAUACUGGUGGAUUACAUGCUGCGGUUGUCAUAUUAUAACACUGCUGUGAAACUUGCUGAAAGCAGCAACAUCCAGGUUCUUGUUGACAUUGAUGUCUUUCAUGAAGCCAAAAAGGUCAUUGAUGCUCUCCAAAACAAGGAGGUUACUCCUGCUUUAGCCUGGUGUGCUGAUAACAAAUCCAGGCUAAAGAAAUCAAAGAGCAAAUUUGAAUUCCAGCUGAGACUGCAAGAGUUCAUAGAGUUGGUAAGAGCUGAAAGCAUGAUGCGGGCCAUUGCAUAUGCUCGGAAAUAUCUUGCACCUUGGGGUUCGACUCACAUGAAAGAGUUGCAGCGGGUCUUGGCGACACUUGCUUUCAAGAGUAAUACUGAGUGUACAGCAUACAAGGUUUUAUUUGAACCAAAGCAGUGGGAUUACUUGAUUGAUCAAUUCAAACAAGAGUUCUGCAAGUUAUAUGGCAUGACUCUUGAGCCUUUGCUGAAUAUAUAUCUGCAAGCAGGGCUGUCUGCACUGAAAACUCCAUUCUGUUAUGAAGAUGAUUGCACUAAGGAGGAUCCUUUGUCACAGGAGAGCUUCCGUAAAUUAGCAUCGCCACUGCCAUAUUCAAAGCAGCAUCACUCGAAGCUCGUUUGCUACAUAACCAAAGAACUGAUGGAUACUGAAAAUCCACCCCUUGUAUUGCCUAAUGACUAUGUCUAUAGCACCAAGGCACUCGAAGAAAUGGCGAAGAUGAAUGAUGGCAGAAUCACGUGUCCUAGGACAGGCCAAACCUACAACUACACAGAGCUGGUCAAGGCUUACAUUUCAUGAGUUUCUGUUUUCAUUGGACUGUCGUCCGUCACUGUAGAUUGUGGGCAGUGAUCAACUCCCAAGCAAGAAACUUGCUCUGGGAGCUUCUUAGGGGACAAUUGUACAUAUGGGAACCACCAAGUCUGUAAUCCUUGCAUGCAAGCAGAAAAUUUAUAAGCUAAGAAGCAUACCUUUAAUCCUAA